GAGUUUGCUCUGCAUGUCUGCACUGCUGAGGCAGAUCCCUGCAAACAUCCCUCAGGACAUCCGGAAAAUUAGAAUCGAAAAUUCUCACCUAACAGAAUUGCCUCGUGGGUCUUUUGAGAAUGUUAGUGCCUUGGAGUAUCUCUGGCUCAAUUUUAACAACAUCACAGUGAUGCACAUCAAAAGCCUGGAAUAUCUGCCAGCUCUGCAGGAGCUGCGCUUGCAAGGGAACAAAUUAAGUUCAGUGCCAUGGACAGCAUUUCAAGACACCCCGACUCUGAAAAUCCUGGAUCUGAAGCACAACCGGCUGGAUGUCCUUCCAGAACACGCACUCCGCUAUCUGCCCAACCUGACCUAUUUAGAUCUAUCCUCAAAUCAGCUUACCAUCAUAUCCAGGGAUGUCUUCUACAACUGGCCUGUCUACCAGAGAAGCCAGAGGACAGAGGGGCAGAUAGAAGCUAUUUCCAAUGCUGUUCUGGCCCUCCACGACAACCCCUGGAUUUGCGACUGUCGCCUGCGGGGAUUUGUCCAGUUUAUCAAGUCGGUUGGCCCACCUAUUAUUCUGAUGAAUUCCUAUUUAACGUGCUCAAGCCCAAAAUUCAGGACAGGGAAGUUUUUUCAUGAAGUGGAGCUUAACAGCUGCAUGAAGCCCCUGACCUCAGCCCUUGACACCAAUCUGACAGUCCCAGCGGGGCUAAACAUCACCCUGACCUGCUUUGUGGAAGCCAGCCCAUCCCCUGCUGUCUGGUGGACCUAUGCACUCAAACUUUUAAGGGCAUUUAAUGUGACCACUGAGCCCAUCAGCGAGGAAACUGUCCGCUCUGAGCUGCUGAUCCCAGCGGCACGGCCAGCAGACGCCGGCAACUACACCUGUACAGCCGCCAACUUCUUGGGUAACACCUCAGUGUCCAUCAACCUCCGUGUGGUGGCCCCGUGGGCGUCCACCACUCCCCGGGGCUGGGCCCCCAUCGCCCCCGCUGAGCCGGGCGCCCACGUGGAAGUGCGCAUUGCCAAGCAGACGGUCUACGGCAUCACCCUGGAGUGGUUUGCAGCAGCGGCGGCAGCAGCAGAGCCGGGGGAGACCUGGUACACCCUCCUGGUGGGCCGCUAUGACGCCGCCCAGAAGGACACCAUCUACAUUGGCCCUGGGGUCAACACCUACUCGGUGACUGACCUGCUGCCCGCCACCAAAUAUGAGGUCUGCGUGGCCGUGCGCAACCAGGCUCCCCGCAAGGGCCAGUGUGUCGUCUUUGUCACGGGCAGCGACGUCAGCCAGAUGGAGCAGCGUGAGAAGCUCAUCCACAUCGUGGUCAUCGUGUGCGCCAUGGUGCUGGCCGUGCCGGCCGGCAUGUACGCCUGCACCGCUGAGGCCCUGCCCGGCUGCCUGGCCCGCUGCCCCAGAGCCUGCCCCCGCCGCCGCCGCGGGGGCCAGGCACAGGCUGCUGGCAGCAAGGAGAGCACACUGGACAGCAUUCCCGCCGGCAGCGAGGACGGGCUCUGCCGCCCCGAGGACAUCCGCGGCACCCGGCGGCCCCCAGCCCGUGAGGAGCCUGGCAAGACCCGUCCGCCCCACAGGAACAGCGCCGACCUCUACUAG